GCGUCUGCCUGAGGAAUGAGACCCAGCUGACAACUAUUGUACAAAACCAUCUGGACACUGUUGAGGGCCUGGCCUUUGAUUGGAUGGGAGGCAAUCUGUACUGGGUGGAUGCAGCACUGAAGAAGAUUGAAGUGGCAAGGAAGGAUGGCAGGUUCCGCCUAGUUCUCAUAAAUGGAACGCAAUAUUUGGAUAAGCCACGGGCCAUUGCCCUUGAUCCUCAGAACGGAUACAUGUACUGGACAGACUGGUCAACGACUAACCCUCGUAUCAUGAAAGCCUCUAUGGAUGGCGAUCACAGUACUAUACAGACCAUUGUCAACGGGUCAAGAAAUGUGUACUGGCCUAAUGGGUUAGCCAUUGAUCAUCAGUUGAGUCAUUUGUACUGGACUGAUGCUCACCUGGACCGCAUCAUGCGCUCGGACCUUAAUGGUCAGAACAGGGUGGUUCUUGUGAGUGGCACAUCAGCUGUGCCCCACCCUUACUCCAUAGCUGUGUAUAAGGAUUUACUGUACUGGUCUGACUGGUCUUUCCGUGCAAUCGUAUCAGCUGAUAAGUUGACAGGCCAGGGCAGAUCUAUCUUCAUGAGGGUCAGCAGCAUCAUGGACAUCAAAGUCCUGAACAAGAAUUCACAGCAAGGGACAAACCCAUGCUCUCAGGGCAACGCUGGCUGCAGUCAGCUGUGCCUUGCACGACCCUCUAGUCAGGACAAGUCGGCAAUCUACACCUGUAAGUGUGGGGGAGACAUGACGCGAGUGAGGUCAGCCACGGGUCAAAAUGAAGACUGUGUCUGCCCAAAAAAUGAGCGAUUUGUCAACAACACUUGUAUGGCAAUGGGUAACCAUACCUGUGCCCCUCACGAGCUGACAUGUACCAAUUACAAGUGUGUGCCGCUGACGUGGAAAUGUGACCAUGAUGAUGACUGUGGAGAUGGGUCGGACGAAACAAACUGUGGUUACCAUGACUGUGGCUCAGACAUGUUCACAUGUGACAACCGACAUUGUAUAUCCAAAAAUUGGGUGUGUGAUCAUGAUGAUGACUGCCAUGAUGGCUCGGAUGAAAGAAAGUGUCACUAUCGAAAGUGUGAUGAUCAGCAGUUCUCCUGUAGCAAUGGCCGCUGUAUCCCCAUGCACUGGAAAUGUGACCUGGACAAUGACUGUCAUGAUGGCUCAGAUGAGGAGAACUGUACUCUAGCAAAAACUUGCAGUCCUGAGCAGGUUCAGUGUGACGGUAGUGAGAGUACGUGUAUCUCGCCGGCUUGGAUCUGCGAUGGGGGUAUUGACUGCCCCAAUGGCACAGACGAGCAGAACUGCCACAGCCAUACCUGUAACCCCAGCCAGUUUGCCUGCAACAAUAGCAAGUGUGUCAUGACAAGUUUCUUCUGCGAUGGUCACGAUGACUGCGGGGACAACAGUGAUGAACCAGACAGUUGCAGAACAACAACAUAUCCUCGUCCAGUGACCUCUUUCACUACCCCGUCUGGACCACGUACCUGUCCCAGCUGGCACUUCCAGUGUGAAAAUGGUCAUUGUUUGUGGUGGUCUGUGCAUUGUGAUGGUGUAAAUGACUGUGGAGACUUCUCCGACGAAGUGGGCUGUCCCAGAAAUGCCACUACCACUAGGAUACCUACAGCACCCAGUCAUAGGUGUGGGCUUCAGGACUUCACCUGUAACGAUGGCAAAUGCCUACACACUCGCUCAGUCUGUGAUGGCUAUCCUGACUGUCGAUCUGGGGAGGAUGAAGAGCACUGUAUCGGAAAUAGCACCUGUCCUGAAUAUACUUUCUCCUGUGAAAAUGUGAGGCAAUGUAUUAAAGAAGAGUUAGUAUGUAAUGGACAUAAGGAAUGUCUGGAUGGCUCAGAUGAACACUGCAAUUUCACCACCCACUCAGACUGCCAACUUCCAUGGAAAGUGCAUUGCCGGGAUGGUGACAUGUGCGUAGAGCCUUAUCAGAUGUGUGACGACACUCAUCAGUGUUAUGAUGAGAGUGAUGAAGGAUCUUUUUGUGACAGACAGCUGAGAAUUACUCAACUAAAGGCUUCAGCUGUCACCCCAACAUCUCUGCACCUCCAGUGGAAACCCCCGAGUGCAACGGGCCAACUAUCCUACAUUGUUGCCUACAUCAAUCUAAACAAUAAUGUGCCGCUUCAGAAGAAUUUUACUGCCAGCGGCCCUGAGCUGAACAUCACUCAGCUGACACCGUUCAAUCAGUAUCGCAUGUUUGUAUAUGUAAAGAUGAAAAAUGACCAAACUGAAGACACCUACUACCCAGGAUCUCCAGCCUACUUCAGAACCAAAGAAGCAGUUCCUGAAUGUCCAGAUGACUUGUACAUUCACCAAGACAAAUUGGGCGGUGACCUUGUAUUGCGGGUGGUCUGGAAGGAACCAGCCAAGAAAAACGGACGUCUUGUCAUGUACAAGAUAUUUUACCAGGAAGCUCAGCAGAAGAGUAAUGUGAUGUACAAGCCCUUAUUUAGGGACAAUUUUCCCUCAGCUCUACUGAAGGGACAAUCAUACUCCUUUGUGCUAGCCUCCUUAACCAUAAACACAAAGUACUAUAUAUGGGUAACGCCAAGUAACAAAGCUGGAGAUGCAAAAUCUUGUGAUGACAUGAAGAAAAGUGUUAUGUUUGGCUUUGGUUAUAUGGAUCCAGUAUAUCCGAAGGUGGUUAAUAAAACCAGUACAAGUAUUACCUUAGGCUGGUCCAAGCUCAAGAAGGCGUCUGGCUACUACAUUAGCUAUACCAACAUUUGGCAUCAACGCAUUCAUAUCACAGUCAGCAAUCCCCCUGUCAAUAUUUCAGGCCUGUCACCAGGUUUCCUGUACACAUUUGUUGUCCAGCCUUACAAUGCCAGUCAGAAUGGUACAACCUCUACCAUAGAAGUUAACACUAAAGGCACUCCCCUAAAGCGGCCCAAGGAUCUCACUGUAGACUCGGUGAAUCCCACCAGCAUGAAGGUCAGCUGGACAUAUCCUACCGAACAGAACUUCACUGUUUUCUACGACUACAAAGAACACACACUGGAUACCUUUACUGUAUAUGGGUACAGUGUUAAGGCAUAUGGGAAAUCUGUGAUUAUCCCCAGUCUCUUAGCUUGUGAAACAUAUAUAUUUGCUGUGGCGGUCACUGGACCCCCUAAAAGUGACUUGAGCGCCUUCUCCUUACAGCGAACAGAUGCAGACAGGACAGCACCUCCAAAGUAUGUGCAAAUUAAAAGCGAGCCUGGAAAGAUGACCUGUUUCAGAGUGACAUGGGAGAGCUCUUGCCGGCUCAAUGUGGAAUUUGUGGGAUACAUUAUUGAGGUAGUGGAAGUACUAGGAGGAAAAUCUCUGCCACCUUCCAACACCCAUGUGCCCAAGACUAAUGCAACACAAAUCUCCAAAAGGCUGUGCAAUGGCACCCGGGGUGCCCAAUACAGAGUGAGGGUGCGCACCACACUGCUCAAUGCCUUAUUCUCCGAGACCGUCAGCUUCACCAUCAAGGGUUACACAGCUCCAAAGAAUUUCAAACUGGCAGGACGGAUUGGUGGCAAUUUAAAGUUCACCUGGAUAGAACCUAAUGAGGAUCUUCCCAAAAACCGUCAAUACAUGCUGCAGUACCAGGAGAAGCAUUCUGAGUUCAAGGAUUACAAUACCACCAGUGGGAACAGUAUUGAGUUUCCCAGGGCCUUGAUGCACAGUGGUGCAUCGUACACCUUUAGGAUCCUCCUCUAUGUGAACGGCCACAGAGGAGAGAGCAGCAAUGAGUUGACGCUCUUUGAGCAGACGCCCUCCUCCUCUACAGCAGGUAACUCUAAGCUGAUAGCUAUUGUGGCCCCGAUUUGUGCUGUAGUGGUCAUCUUGGUGAUCAUACUCCUCGUCUAUGUGGUACGACAUCACCGCCUGCAGCGCAGCUUCCUCUCCUUUGCCAGAAGCCACUACGACACGCGCUCCGGAACCACCACCUUCACCUCGGAUGACCUGGGUGAGGACGAAGACUCACCGAUGAUCACAGGCUUCUCAGAUGAUGAACCACUGGUGCUGGCUUAACUGCACACAGCACACCAGUUUUUACACAGGAUACAUUUGUAUAAAUUCUCUCCAUGCAGAUCUGAAAUCAGCUGAGUUGUUAACUGAAUCAUUUUUACAUUCCAUAAGUUUACUUGUAUUCUUUGAUUUUUAUUCUGCUGUUGUAUGCUUGCUUGUCAUCUGUUAUGUGCCAGAGGUGUAUUUUUGUAUGUAGCUCACCAGCGUUAACAAUAGUGUCACGCUUGGAGUAGAAAAGAAAUCUCUUCCACACUGCUCACAUGAUCUGCCUCCUUUGUUUUGUUUCUGUGCUUGUAUUUUUGAGGUUUGAAUCAGUUUGUUUCGCCUUUAGUGUGAUUAUUCAAAGGUUGGGAAGACAUAUAGAUGUUCAUAAUCGCUUUGCUAUAUUAUCUUGCGUUGACAUUUUUCAUUUUUUGUUCCGGUUUAAGGAUAUAUGUGUCUUGAUUGGUGGUAUUUUGUCGUCUGAAAGAGUUACUCCCCUUACAUGGGAUUCCAUUGCCACAAGGCUUGAUGGGCUGUAUAUACUGUAUAUUGUUUGGUGAAUAAAGUACAGUUUGUGUCAUGUGAUCUCGCUCGUUUUCAAGUGUAAAUGGUCUUGAAAUAUUAAUCAAACAAAUGGUGUACUACAAAUUAUUUUAGAGAUGACAAAAUGAUUGCCCCGAAAUAAUGUAAAUAGUGAAAAAAAAAUUUUGGCCGUGGUGAACAGUUCCUUUUAAUUUUACAGAGCACAAUUUUCAAAAAAACACCCAAAAAAACAAAAGGAAUUUGUAUCAUGGGGUUUAUUUUUAUAGCAAUAUAUUUUAUUCAACAGUGUUUAUGUAGAAUCCCUUUUUAAGCAGCUGAUUCUUAUCAAAAGUCCAAACUGAUUGAACACUGCACUGUAUGUCUAAGGCAGGAUGUAAAAUGCUCAUGAAGUGUUGACUAUGAUACAGGAAGUGCAUGAUAGGAGAUCAAGGGUGUGGGGGAAUUUUAUACAGACACCAGGGAUUGUGUGUAUACAGUGUUGGGGAAUACUCCUCGAAAGCUUAUCAUUUUGUUAUUCAAAAAUGUUUUAUAUAAAUUAUCAAUUUGCAUAUUGUUACCCCUUUUAUAUGUUGAUUCAUAAUUAUGUUAUUGAGUUGGGCAACAUUCUGGUUUCCUAUUUUACCUGUAUAUAUGAGAUUUAUUCACAGUAAGGCUGACUAAAUUCAUUGUUUUACUAAGGCCGGUAUCAGACAUUAGCAUUACAAAGCAUGGUACCGUUGUUUCACUGGGAACGUACUGUGGAUUGAUCUGUGGUUCUACACUUUAUUAGUCCUGUGCGGAAGGAGUUGUUGUCAUGGUAACCAGCUGAUCUUCUCAGCUGCAAAUUUAUACAAAAUCUUGCCUGGUAAAUUUGUGAUCAUUUGUAUACAUGGGUAGUUAACUUUGUUGAUGUCCUUACUUUCAGGCCUAAACAUCAGUUAAGUGUUCCUAGGAGUGCAUUAAGGGUUACAACUCUUUUGGGAUAAGUGCGUUUUAGUUAAUAUGUUAAUUAGCAGAAACUUUUUUUGAAAGAAAGUGGAAAGGGAAUGAUCAGAUUGUAGAUUAUGGUUUUAUUGAGUUUUGAUGCAUUUGUAUGUCUAAAGGAUGUGGUGAGGUUGUCCCAUAGAACAUAAUGAGAUCAUUGUUUAAAGCUGCAGUGUAGUGUGGAAAUAAGGUGAGACUUCUGUGUAUGGGUGUACAUUCACAUGUGCAUGAGUAUACAUUCACAUGUGCACGAGUAGUGUUCAGCUACAUGUAGCUAAGUCCAGCAAAUGUGGUGUGAGGUAUCACAUUACACAAACUUUGAUAGGUCCUAAGAAUGCGCAGAAAGCAGUUUUUCAUAGGCAUCAUAGAGAUGUCAGUAGUUUUUUCACAGAAAUAAAACUAAAUAAGCUUUGACUUAAGGAAAAAAAAUAAGACACAUGGCCAAACACAAAGCCCAGUGGUUGUCCAGUGGAGCUCAAAUCUUGUUUUAGGUUGUGUGAGAAAAAUGAAGGAAUGACAUGGAAACUAUGUCUGUUGUAUUAUCAUGGUUCAAAGACUUUUCACAAUUCUAACAUGUCCUUCUUCUAUUGUAAUGUUUUUAUCAGUUAUAUUUUUCAUGUAUAUUGUGUUGUUGAUUGGUUAUGAAGGGAGAGAUGUGGGUGGGGUGAUGGGGUCACCAGAGUUGCCCAACACUGGCCAAAUCCACAACGGUUCUAUACCUGAACAUGUGACCUCAGUCUUACUGGGAUAGUGGUGUAAUGUGUAGUGUGUAAGUGUAGAGUUAUUGUUCAAACAAGUUUAUAUAUGCUCAGCUCUUAGCCUUGUUAGAACUGUCCAAUCUAAAUAACCAGAUUUGCCUUGCUCUACUGUGAUACAGGAACUGAAACUUUGUACAGUGUGAUAAUCUUUGGCUCUCAGCCAAUCAGGAUGUUGUUCAUACCAGGUAACUGUGUGUACACUUGUCACAGGUUGGCAGCUUUCCAAGUUUUCUUUGUGUUUGGGGGUUUUUUUUUUGUUAAUUUGUUAUGGUAGCAGGAAUGAGGUCAGUUCAUGUCAAAACUACUCCAUAUGCCAUCAUUCCUAUACCCAGAUGUGUUAGUGCUAAAUCCACAGAGAAGGAAGUACUUUUGCAAAGGACGAAAUAAACUUUGUCAAUAUACUGAAACUAGUUUGGAAUUGUGCUUUUGUUUCUUUAUUGAGGUAUGCAAUCUACUACGUUUGGAAUUCUUCACAUAAACAAAGAUAUUGGUG